GAGGCGUGGGGCACGCAGGGGGACGCACGGGCGAGGGCUGUGCUGGGUGUGGGGCACCGGGGGUGCUGAGCCCAGGAAACGGCCCCAGCACCCGCUCCAGCCACGGCCUUCCCCUGUUGGGAAGCCUCAGGGAGGUCCCUUGGGAGGCCGGGUGGGAGAGCAGCCCCCAGGGACGGACCCCGCGACCCCGUCUUGGGCAUCCGUCCCCGUCCCUGCUGCGCCCAGCACCGUCCCUGGGGUGCUGUGCGGCAGCAGUACCGCGGUAGCAGCUCCUCUCCUCUCCCGCGUCGCCGCCUCCGUCUGAGCCUUCCCCGUCUGCGGGCAGCGGGGAGCCGGGCUCGAGCCACACGCCGGGCACAUGAGAGCUGCUAACAAGAAGCAGGGCGUAACAUCUGCGCUGCUUGCCAGGGGUUCCCGGACGCGAUUCUGCGUCUGAGGGCAAAAAGCGGAACACGAUUGCGGUGGGGAUGUGCUCGGGAAUAAAACCAGGGCUGGAGCAGGGGCAAGGCUGGUAUGGGGGCAGGGUUGGUGCUGGGUGGCCGGGAGGCAGCGCGGGCCAGGCGAGGGGUGAUGGAGCUGGGCAGAGUCCCCUGGGCACGUCGGGGACGUGGCCCUGCUCCCCCCGGGGACAUGCUGGGGACCUGGCCCUGCUCCCCCUGAGGACACGGGUGCUGCCUGCACCCAGCCCCGAGGGGUCCCCCCUGUGCUGCUGCGCCUGCGGCUGAGCGGGGCUGGGGCCGUCCCCCCGUGCUGUCCCCACGAGCUUGAUGUGUCCCCAUGGGAGCCACCUGUGGGUCACCACCAGCCAGGGCUGGCCGUGGGGUGGGGGGACAGGGAUCCCCCGUGCAGGGUGGCCCCGUGGGGUGGCCGGCCGUGGGGCAGCAAGCCAAGAUGUGGCCACAAGCCCUGCGUGGAGGUCUGUCCCUUUGGGACGGGGGAAUCCCUGUCCAGCCUGGGCGGUGGCACCCCAAGCAGCACCGUGCCCCCCCGGCUGCCGCCUUCCCUUUCCUGGCAGUUUCGGUUGCUGGGGCUGCCAUGCGCAGGGCUCCGGGAGGAAGUGGCUGUGGACUCGGCCAGCUGCGGGAUGGCCACUGAGGGGCCGGACCUGUACGAGAACCUGAAGAUCCGCUACCCGCGCGGUGAGCAAGUGCUGGAUUUCGGGUCCCGGCCGUCCCCGUCCCGCCGGGUGCUGGGCACUCUGCUGGCCAUGGGCUUGGCGGCCCUCCUGGCCCUGGGGGCCGCCCUGACGGCCGUCGCCACCCUGCGCGCACGGGACCAGGCGGAGCUGCGGGUGGCACGGGCAGAGCUGGAGGCGCUGGGGCCGCUGCUGCCGCCCGGCCCCGAUGGUUCACGGAGCCCCAGUGACAGCCCCGACGUGGCACAGAGGCGCAGGGACUUUUUGGGGCGGUGGCUGCAGGGGCUGGGCCUGGGCUGGAGGUACCACAAGGGGAAGAUCUACUACUUCUCGUGGGACGAGAAGCCUUGGCGCGAGGCGAAGGAGUUCUGCCUCUCCAAGCGGGCGCAGCUCACCUCCGUCACCAGCCGGGACGAGCAGGAGUUCCUGGCGCGGGAGUCGCGGGGGGGCUAUUACUGGAUCGGGCUGGAGGACGGUGACCGCAACGACACCUGGCGCUGGGUGGACGGCACCGUGUACUCACCGGCCAACAGCUUCUGGGCGCCGGGGCAGCCGGACCGGCAGGACCACGGGCAGCAGGGCCGCGAGGGCUGCGCCCAGAUCCACCCGGUGGGCACCGGGCUCUGGAACGACCACAACUGCAACAUCCCCUUCCUCUGGAUCUGCAAGCGGGACCUGGGGGGGCCCUGAGCGCCCGCGGCCGGACCCUGCGGCGUGAAGCCCCCGCGCUGGGUCCCUGGGGCGCAGCGAGCGCCCGGCGGCGCCCAGCGCUUCGCCUUGAAUUAAAUCGAAUUAAACAUCUGCUGCGCCUCC